GCCUUGUUUCCUCUGACAAGGAGAGUGCAUCCUACGUGCUCAAGAAGCCAGGGGGUGGAAACAUGCUGGCCAUCAUCGUCGGUGGGGCACAGGAGGCUCUGGAUGCCCGGCCGGGAUCCUGCACCCUGCUGCUGAAGAAUAGGAAAGGAUUUGUCCGCUUGGCCAUCGAGCAUGGCACCCCGCUGGUCCCCGUCUUUUCCUUUGGGGAGAAUGACCUCUUUGAUCAGGUGAGAACCCCCAAGGGCUCUUGGCUGCGGCAGCUCCAGCACCGGCUCCAGAAGAUUAUGGGCAUCUCCCUUCCCCUCUUCCACGCACGAGGGAUCUUCCAAUACAACUUUGGGCUGCUACCUUACCGACGGCCCAUCUGGACAGUGGUUGGAAAGCCAAUUCCAGUGCAGAGGAAGCACAGACCUUCUGAGGAAGAGGUUGAUCGAGUCCAUCAGAAAUACCUAAAUGAGUUGUGCAAGCUCUUCGAGGAGCACAAAGCUAAAUACAACAUCCCAGAAGACAGACACCUGGAAUUUAUAUAG